CCAAAGUUGUGACCGCAGAUUCGCGCCAAGCGUUUGUCACCAGUUUGCCCUUCUGUUCUGCUGCACCCGACCAGUCCCCCCAAUCGUCCGUUCACCAAGCUCUUCUGCUUUCUGUGCUUCUGACUUCCGCCUCUUCAAAGGACCGAAACGGGGCGCAUCGCAACAAAUCCCCCCCCCCCACGCGAGCACAGCCAAACCCAACCCAAAAAGGCCGACAACGGCUUAGGAGCGCAACCACAUCCCAGAUGGCGACUCCGCACCAGGCGUCGUUCUGCUGCUCGCAGACACUCCCGAACGAGCAACUGGACGUGUUCAAUGCAAUGUGCCUCGUGUGUUCGCUGGCGAGCGCGUCUGCGUCCGUGUUCAGCCUCCUGCGCGAGGACAAGUUCUACCUGUCGAGAUUGCGUGCGGCCGAAGAGAGGCGCUUCCAGCCGACCAUUGUAGCGUGGCUAUUUCUGUCAGACUUUAUGGCAUGCAUUGGCGUAAUAGUUCGCUCCAUAUUGUCGUUGUCGCGCACGGCCGGCGCCAGUGAAGACGACCCGCAGGGACGCCCACCCUACCCCGAGCUGUGCAUCUCCGUCGACGUCUACAUUACCUUCUUUUUCAUCGUGACCUUCUUCUGGACGUUUUCGUUUGCGCUCGAGCAAUGGCUGUACACUGCCGGCAUCAAGCAUCGCAUGUGGUGGUUUCACGUUAUUUCCUGGCUUGCUGCGCUCGCGCUCACCGCCAUCGGCAACGGCAUUGUUGACGCGUCCUCUGGUUUUGCAUGCGAGUCGAGCGAGACCAUGCUCCGUGCACGCUACCUAGCCAUCUUUAUUCCAAUGCUGUUUGUGCUCCUGGCCAACCCAACCUUGUUUUGCUUGGCGUACGUCGCCCGACGACGGAAUGCUCGCGCCGAGGGCGAGGUGACGGCCCAAACACGAGACCGCGCGCGUCAAGUGCUGCUGCAAAUGGCCGAGAUCUCGUUUGUGUUUAUCGUGUGCUGGAUGCCGUCGAUUGUGAAUGGCGUGAUGGAGUACGCGGACGUGACGACGACGGGCAACUCACUGUUUGCUCUCUGGGUGAUUCAGGGCAUUACGAAUCCGUCGCAAGGGUUGCUCAACAUGUUUGUCUACUCGCGAGUGCCCUCAUCCCACGUCGGCGUCGUCUACAACCGAUAUAGCACCGAUGCCCUUGAAGAGCAUUCGCGUCUUGUUCCUGCGCAGAGCAAGCCUCGCAACACGACUCCCGCUCCUCGUCGAUGAGUGUUGUUGUUCCGGGUUUUUUUUUUUUUUUUUUUGUUGCACAUAGUUCCUUGCGUGAUUGUUCCUUGAUGUUUUGCAUUGUUAUGCUUGUAUAUUGUUUUUCGCAUGGGUGGCCUAAUUUUGGCUGUCAAAAUUAAAAUGCCCGGCCCCAUAAACCUCGCUCCGACCAGCCGAGCGACAACGUCCCGACGGCCUUUCGCGCUCUACC